AUGGAAGAAGUACCUAUUCUCCAUCGUAAGGAACGCGUCUGGCCAUUCCUGACCGCAGCACAUCCAACAAAACCAGCCGAGAGGCCCCUGCAGAGUCUCCCCUCUACACCAGAAGACAGACGAGCCGUGUCGGCUACAACAAGGCCAAUCUUCUUGUCAGCCCAACUGCCGGCGGCCUCCGGUAGCUCUGCAUUCCCUAGUAUUCCUGACGACAUAAACGGCUCUAUUCCUGAGAGCGGCAUCGAGUCACCGUCGACAGAUAUCAUAUGGCCGUACAUUGGGACAUUCUCCCUGCCAGCGGCUGCGAUGCCAGAGCAACAGGAAUUCUCGCCGCCAGAAGUAGACAAUGCUUACAAGCUGGAGGAUAGUCUGGACAGUCAACUUAGUGAGGAGGAGAACGACAUGAUUAAAGCAGCUGAUGAGUUCUUCAAUAUAUCGACUGAAAAUGACUACAAGAGCAAGGUCCAGCAGCAGCUGACGACGGUAAGAGACCUGUCUGAUGUGACCUCGACACUGGAAAAGACCGGCUACCUGGACGAGCAUGGCUAUCUCAUUGAAUGGAACAAGGCCAAGGAUGAAUCUGAGCAAGAGAAACUGAAUCCGCACGCAAAGGGGGAGGCAACGUACUUUACUGCGAUCGCGCUGGUGGCUCUUGCGAGUGGAAACUACAAGCAGGACCCAUGGGAGGCACAAAAUGCGAACCAUUAUAUUGAGAAAUUCCUCGACGUGCUGGAGAAUAAAAGCUGGGGAAACAAGGAAGUCAGCGGCGAUACUCAUCCCAUAAGACACCCAGACUGGGUGGAAUUUUACGGGGAUGGCCGGAUGAGACAAAGGCCUCUGUCCAAGGACUCGUUUGGCCAGAUUGUCCUGGCUUGCUACUACGCCUAUAAAUGCCCGAAUAGCUCCGACAAAGUGCGUCAGAAGGCAAAGAGCCUGCUGGAAAAGUGGAUCAGGUAUCUUGGCAAUCACAGGUGGCUCAUCCACUCCAACUAUAUCACUAGCGAAUUUGAAAAGACGGGUCGUGAAUACGCCAACAUCUUCGAGGAUGCUGAACACACGAAUAAAGUGACCUAUGUAGGCCCAGAGUCCUACUUACUGUAUCCGCAUGAGUUAUGGGCGCUGAAAAAUUGUGCUAUCGCGAUUGGCGUUCCGAGUGAAACCAUCAUACCAAGUGUUGCCUUUCCCUUUGCUGUGGAAGGCGCAAUAAUCGCCCCAGCACUCGAGGAGCUUCUCAGAUACACUGGUGAGGCUAUAGAUUACUUGUACGACCGGCUCAAUUAUAGCAGGAAGUGGAGCCUGCACCUUGUCCCUGGGUGGAAGAACAGCGAGGUUUCCGGGACAUUCAGUGUUGGUGCCUUUGGCAAUCUGAGCAAGUCGCAAGUUCGCAGGAUAUUCCAAACUGGAGUACGUGAUACCGUUCUCUCUUCGUUCAAACUUGGUACAGGGCUCGGCAGUAUCAUGGAUAAUGCCAUGCAACCCCUUGUUCCAUUUCUAUACGCGCCAGAAAUGAACGCGAUGGUGCGCGAACUAAUCAACCAGCUCUGCCCCUGGCUUGACCCUACAGUAUUGGAGCAAUGGAUAACGUUCGCUAUUGCUCUGGAGAGUACCAAACGGACUUACGAGGAAUCGGCUGCGGGAUACGCCGUUUGGCCCUUUAUCAUGGAAAUAGAAUCGAGGCCUUACCUGCGUGUGCUGCUUGAACCGCAACUCCGCGACUUGUUUGGGUUUAUGGCACAAAAAGACAACCCCAACGGCAUCUGGGCAUGGAUUGCCCAUCGACAAGAUGUCGUCCUUGAGCAAAUAGGCGUCUUUGAGCUCUCUGACGAUGUUUUAAAGUGGCGGGGCUAUGCAUAUGGAGAAAAUGCGUACAACAAAUGGAUCAAAGAGACGACAGCUGAGCAGCAUCCGGAGCGUUUUUGCUCUCGAGUAGACUAUUUGGUUCUGAAGAACCUAGCAGAGAAGGGAUUUCCAGAAAUACCAGGCAUCCUGACUCUUUCAUUCAAGGGAUUUCUGGACCUGGCGGCGCGUUUAUUUCAGGAGAUGCUUGACAAGAUAUGGGAUGACUUUCGAAAAGGCAGGUACAUUCGCGAAUGGUUGGACGACCUCGAGAAUCUCAUCACGGACAUUUUUACUCCCGACGAAGUCAGUCAAAUUAUCAAGCGUCCCAUGGGUGAAUUGGUCAAAAUCGUGUACCGCCCAGAUGGGAUUGUACAUGUAUGGAGAUGGGGAGCAACUGGAGCUUUCCAGUCGUUCAAAAGCUUAACAAAGGUUGCAGAGAAUGGACUCGCCUAUGUUGAAGAUCUCCUCGAGGCCCAGGAACGUUUCAUAGACGGGACACUUACGUUCUGGAAAUGGGGACCCGAAAGGACACUCGAAGAAUUUGGGAAAUACAUCGGGGUCCCGGAUCCUGGUGGAGUCAGCGGCGCUACUCGGGUAUUAGGGGUUACCCGAAGCGCUCUUGGAGAGGUCCAGCAGGUGAUUCGGUCCAUUGACGGUGCGAUUCAGAGUAUAACGAACUGGUCCGACGGGAAUGUCAAUGGAUUUGCAAACGCAAGCCAGCGCACCGCGCAAAAGGUUUGUACAACGGCCGGGGAACUGCUGCAGUGGAGCUACCAUCCAGGCGGGUCCUUAAAAGAGUUCUCAAAGUGGUCCAAAUGUACUCCAGAUCUCAGCGCAGAGGCGGCAGAUCAAGUUAAGGUGAGCAUAUUAUUCCAUAGGGCCCAGACGAGACUCUAA